AUGUCGUCUUCAGCUGUCCAGGCUACUUCGACAUCAGCCUCGGUUGCCGAGUCCAGAGUCUCGGCUCAGCACCGCAGCGGGGACCCAGACUUGGCCUUCCAACCGGACGAUCAGAUCUAUCCGCCGGAGUUUGAGAACAAGCUUGAAGAGAGAGCGUAUCUGAAGCACCGAUUGACGUUGGCUUUUCGCAUCUUCGCUAAUUAUGGGUUCUCAGAGGGCCUGGCUGGCCAUAUUACUGUCAGAGAUCCCGUCGAGCCAGAUAGCUUCUGGGUGAAUCCUUUUGGCCUGCAUUUCUCCUUGAUCAGGGAUGAGGAUUUGAUACGAGUUGACCACAGCGGCAAGGUCGUGGAUGGCGGCAAGAAUAGGAGGUUGAAUUAUGUAUUCACAUUUGACAGCAACUUCGCCGGCCUUGUUUUCGCUACUGAGGAAGGAAAAGCCAUUGCCAAAUGCUUAGGCGAUAAAAAGGCUGCCUUGUUAGGAAAUCAUGGACUCCUUACAGCUGGCCCAUCCAUUGAAGCGGCAGUAGCCUGGUUCGUGCUACUCGAGAAAUUAUGUGAGAUCCAACUUGCUGCUGAUGCAAGCGCGGCCGGAACUGGGAAGCCUCUCGUUCAGAUCGGCCAUGAAGAGGCCGCAUCUACCCAUUAUGCCAUUGGGAGGCCCGAAGGAGGUUAUUUCACGGGGUUGACGCUGUUUCAGGUUGUCGAGAAGGAGUUUGGGGAAUCGACUUUCCUUGGCCGAGGCGUAGAGCCUUUGUGA